AUGGGUGAAAUGGCAAACAGCGCAGUGGAGUUUUAUCCCAAAGGGACGCGAGGCGGGGGCGGAGGAGGAGGAAGGGCAGAUGGCAGCCAUGCAGGGGGAGACUUUGGGGCCACAGUGAAGGAGCUCCGGGAGCUGAUGGAGCUUCGAGGGGCCGAAGCCCUGCAGAAGAUCCAGGACAGCUAUGGAGACACAGAGGGGCUCUGCCAGAGACUACAGUCCAACACCACUGAUGGUCUCAGUGGAGACCCGGCGGACCUGGAGCGUCGACACCAGACAUUCGGCCAAAACUUCAUCCCCCCGAAGAAACCCAAGACUUUCCUGGAGCUUGUGUGGGAGGCCUUACAGGACGUCACACUCAUCAUCUUGGAGGCUGCAGCCAUCAUCUCCCUCGGCCUCUCUUUCUACCAGCCUCCCGGAAAGGAAACCGAAUCAUGUGGGAAUGUGGCAGCGGGUGGAGAGGAUGAAGGCGAGGGUGACACUGGCUGGAUAGAGGGUGCGGCCAUCCUGCUGUCUGUCGUGUGUGUCGUCCUGGUGACGGCGUUUAAUGACUGGUCUAAAGAAAAGCAGUUCCGGGGUCUACAGAGUCGGAUUGAGCAAGAGCAGAAGUUCACUGUCGUGCGGAAAGGAAAUGUCAUACAGAUCCCUGUGGCUGACAUGGUGGUGGGGGACAUGGCCCAGGUCAAAUAUGGGGACCUGCUGCCAGCUGAUGGUAUCCUGAUUCAAGGAAAUGAUCUGAAGAUAGAUGAGAGCUCUCUCACAGGAGAGUCUGACCAUGUACGCAAGUCUGUGGAUAAGGACCCAAUGCUGCUCUCAGGUACCCAUGUGAUGGAGGGCUCGGGCAGGAUGCUGGUGACAGCUGUAGGUGUCAACUCGCAGACGGGCAUCAUCUUCACCCUACUGGGUGCUGGAGAGAUGGAGGAAGAUGGGAAGGAGAAGAAAGGAAAACAACCGGACGGAGCUGUGGAGAACAAUCAGAACAAAGCCAAGAAGCAGGAUGGGGGCGUUGCCAUGGAGAUGCAACCCUUGAAGAGUGCAGAGGGAGGGGAGGUAGAGGACAGAGAGAAGAAGAAGACCAACGUUCCAAAGAAAGAGAAGAGUGUGUUGCAGGGCAAGCUUACCAAACUGGCUGUUCAAAUCGGCAAAGCAGGUUUGGUGAUGUCAGCCAUCACCGUCAUCAUUCUGGUGCUCUACUUUGUCAUCAACACGUUUGUCGUCGAAGGUCGCGCUUGGCUGACAGAGUGUACUCCGGUCUACAUCCAGUACUUUGUCAAAUUCUUCAUCAUUGGAGUCACUGUGCUGGUGGUGGCUGUCCCAGAAGGCUUACCUCUUGCUGUCACCAUUUCUCUGGCUUACUCUGUCAAGAAAAUGAUGAAAGACAACAACCUUGUACGCCACCUGGAUGCUUGCGAGACCAUGGGCAAUGCCACGGCCAUCUGCUCCGACAAGACCGGCACCCUCACCACCAACCGCAUGACUGUGGUGCAGACCUAUAUAGGUGAUGUGCACCACCGUGUGGUCCCAGACUCUGGACAGAUCAACCCCCGGACACUGGACCUAUUAGUCAAUGCUAUUGCCAUCAACAGCGCCUACACCUCCAAGAUCUUACCACCUGAUGUGGAGGGGGGUCUGGCCAAGCAGGUGGGCAACAAGACGGAGUGCGGCCUGCUGGGAUUUGUAUUAGACCUACAGCAGGACUACACCCCUGUGAGAGAGCAGAUCCCUGAGGAGAGACUGUACAAGGUGUAUACAUUCAACUCAGUGCGUAAAUCCAUGAGUACAGUGAUCAAGCUGCCUGACGGCUCCUUCCGCCUCUACAGCAAAGGAGCUUCUGAAAUCAUGCUGAAGAAGUGUUCCUACAUCCUAGAUGCCAAUGGAGAACCACGCAGUUUCCGACCACGUGACAGAGAUGAGAUGGUCAAACAGGUGAUUGAGCCAAUGGCAUGUGAGGGGUUGAGGACCAUCUGCAUUGCAUACCGUGACUUGCCAUCUAAUCCGGAGCCAGAGUGGGACAAUGAGGCAGAAAUAGUGACGGAGCUGACCUGCAUCACUGUGGUUGGGAUAGAGGACCCAGUGCGGCCUGAGGUGCCUGAGGCCAUCCGUAAGUGUCAGCGUGCAGGCAUCACAGUGCGAAUGGUGACUGGUGAUAACAUUAACACAGCCAGGGCCAUUGCUGCUAAAUGUGGCAUCAUCCACCCUGGGGAUGACUUUAUCUGUCUAGAGGGCAAAGACUUCAACCGACGAAUCAGGAACGAGAAAGGAGAGAUUGAGCAGGAACGCAUCGACAAAAUCUGGCCCAAACUCCGUGUGUUGGCUCGAUCCUCACCAACCGACAAACACACACUGGUUAAAGGUAUCAUUGACAGCAGCAUCAUAGAGCAGAGGCAGGUUGUCGCGGUAACAGGAGAUGGAACUAAUGACGGACCAGCUUUGAAGAAGGCUGAUGUGGGCUUUGCCAUGGGUAUUGCGGGGACAGACGUGGCUAAAGAGGCAUCUGACAUCAUCCUGACGGAUGACAACUUCAGCAGCAUUGUCAAGGCGGUGAUGUGGGGACGAAAUGUCUACGAUAGCAUUUCCAAGUUCCUGCAGUUCCAGCUCACGGUCAAUGUAGUGGCUGUCAUAGUGGCCUUCACUGGGGCCUGCAUCACUCAGGACUCCCCUCUGAAGGCAGUGCAGAUGCUGUGGGUGAAUCUGAUCAUGGACACGUUUGCUUCUCUGGCCCUGGCCACCGAGCCCCCCACUGAGGCCCUGUUGCUACGGAAACCCUACGGCCGGAACAACCCGCUCAUCUCACUGACCAUGAUGAAGAACAUCCUGGGCCAUGGAGUGUACCAGCUGGUCAUCAUCUUUACCCUGCUGUUCAUAGGCGAGCGCAUGUUUAACAUUGACAGUGGCCGUAACGCUCCACUCCACUCCCCUCCCUCUGAGCACUACACCAUCAUCUUCAACACCUUCGUCCUCAUGCAGCUGUUUAACGAGAUUAACGCCCGCAAGAUCCACGGAGAGAGAAACGUCUUUGAUGGCAUAUUUGCCAACCCCAUCUUCUGUUCCAUUGUUCUGGGGACAUUUGCUGUGCAGAUCGUGAUCGUGCAGUGGGGAGGGAAGCCCUUCAGCUGCGCCCCUCUCAACGUGGAGCAGUGGCUCUGGUGUCUUUUCGUGGGAGUUGGAGAGCUGCUCUGGGGGCAGGUGAUCGCCACAGUGCCGACAGAGCGGCUGCCAUGCCUGAAGGAGGCAGGGCUGGGCCUGGAGCCCGGGGAGGAGGAAGGGGAGGAGCUGGCCGAGGACGAGGAGGAGAUCGACUGCGCCGAGAGAGAGCUGCGCCGCGGGCAGAUCCUCUGGUUCAGAGGCCUCAACCGGAUCCAGACCCAGAUGGAGGUAGUGAGCACGUUCAAGCGAAGCGGUUCGUUUCAGGGAGCGGUGAGACGGCGCUCCUCCGUGCUCAGUCAGCUCCACGACGUAAACACUAUCUCUACCCCCUCUCACAUGCGAGUGGUGAAAGCAUUCCGUAGUUCGCUGUAUGAGGGCCGGGAGAAACCGGAAUCCCGCAACUCCAUCCACAACUUCAUGGCCCACCCGGAGUUCCUCAUCAAUGACCUCAUCCAUAACAUUCCGCUGAUCGACGACACUGACGUGGACGACGAAUCAGAGCUCAGCAGAUACCAGCACCUGCACCCGGCCCUCCGCAAGCCGCCGCCCCCACCCACCCAGCCCCAGCCCUCGGCCCGCACCCGCCCCACCCGCCCUUAUCGCCAGUAUAGCCUCCCGGUGACCCCGUGCAACCGAAACAACAACAACAAUAGCAGCAGCAGCAGCAUCAGUUCAGUGGUCCCCCACGGCAACAACAACAGCACCAAUGCAGUUACUCCCAGCAACCGGAGCCCCCACCACCACCACCAACACCACCAUAACCACCAUGGCAGGGACAGGCUGGUGAAACCCUCUGCCCCUCACCUGGCCCACCUCUACUGCGUGGAGACCUCGUUAUAACUGAGCUGAAUGUGGGUCGGGGGAGAGAGGAGAAGGGGAACGGAGUCUUGGGUAGGGGGAGGAAAGGGGAGCGGAAGAGAGGGCUGAGGACACACACAUGACAUUUUCAUCCAAUGUCCUUUACAACAAGCUAAAAGGAGGGAGUGAAGGACGAGGGAGGCACAGGAGGGAGUGGACAAUGGCCGGAGACUUCUGCUCGCAACUCCCUGAGAACACUGCGACUUUCCCUCCCUUCGCCCUUGCUCCGGCUCUCUUAGUCUGACCCCUUGACACAACAACCCCCUCACCCCCUCCCCACCCCUCUCCGCCCUCGAACCCACCGCCACUGUCCGUCACCCUGCCUGACCUCAU